AUGAUCCAGCGGCACCAGCUGGUGCAGUCUGUGCUGCAGGAGCUGCAGGAAGCCACCGAAUGCUUUGGUCUGGAGGGCCUUGCCAGUGCUGCACUGGAGGCAGAGAGGACCCUGUCAUCUUUCUCCCUGCCUGGCUAUUGCAGGAGGCAAUUUCAAGAGGAGCUAGAAGUUGAUCGAGUAGCCAGGAGCCUGUACCCAGAGGAUGCUCCAAGUAACAUGCUGCCUCUGGUUUGCAAAGGUGAGGGGAACCGCCUCUUUGAGGCAGCCAGUGUACUGCUCUGGGGCAACCCCAGCCUCAGCCUGGAGCUGCAGGUGCGCACAGUGGUGGAGAUGCUGCUGCACAAGCAGUACUACCUGAAUGGCAUGAUUGACUCCAAGGUGAUGCUGCAGGCUGCCCGCUACUCACUCUGCACGGAGGAGACACCAGAGAUGACCAGCCUCCCCAUGGCUAUCCUGGAGGCUAUCUUCGAUGCAGAUAUCAAAGCUACCUGUUUUCCUGGCACCUUUGCCAAUAUGUGGCAUGUCUAUGCUCUUGCCUCAGUGCUGCAGUGUAACAUCUACUCAAUCUAUCCCAUGAGCAACCUGAAGAUCCGGCCAUAUUUCAACCGGCUCAUCCGGCCCAGGAAGUGUGGCCCUCAGACCUCCACUCUCCACAUCAUGUGGUCAGGGCAGCAGCUCUCCAGGCAGGUCUUCAAAGCACAGUACUUUGUGGCUGUAGUUGGUCUGGAGGAGCUGGAACCUACCAUACCUUCAUCAGAGCCUCCUGUCCAGCCCAUGAAGACUCUGGAGCUGCUGAAUAGUGACCCCCAGCUGACCUACUCCAACCUGCGUGACAGGUACAGCAUCACCAAGAGCACCUUCUACCGCUGGAAGCGCCAGUCUCGGGAACACCGGCAGAAAGCGGCUGCCAGGUUUGCAGCUAAACACUUCCUCCAGUCCUGCUUUCAAGAGGGCAACGUUGUCCCGCUCCAGCACUUCCGACAAAUGUUUCCGGAAAUCUCCCGAUCCACAUAUUAUGCCUGGAAGCAUGAGAUGCAGAGCAUGGUCAAUGGUGAUACCUCUGAUCUGACUGAGGCCCAUGGGUUGCGGGAGCUUCACAGGGAGGUUCCAAAGAAGGCUGAUGUUAAUGAGCCAACAAAGGCAGAGGCAAGUUUAAGGCCCCCGAGUCCUUCCCUAGACCCAGUCCAAGCAGGGAUCUUCAUGCGAGGAGCCAAAUCUUACCUGGAGAAAUGCAUCUCCAUGAACACUCUGGUGCCUUACAGGUGCUUCAAGCACAGCUUCCCUGGCAUCUCCAGGUCCACUUACUACAAUUGGCGAAGAAAAGCAAUCAAAGAGAACCCCAACUUCAAACCCCCCCAGCCUCCCUUGAAUAACCAGAAACCUUUACCCAUGGAAAAGCCACUUCUGCAGCUGAAACCAAGCAGCUUGCCUGCUAGGAAGAAGCUGAAUGGAGAUCAGCCGGCAGCCAGGAGUCUCCUGCAGCUCAAGCCCUCUCUGUGCUGGAGGAAGCGGCUGCGAGAUGUGGCCCGGAGACAGGUCCAGCAGUGGCAGCUGCCAUUCAGCAAGUUUUGCCUACGCUAUCCAACACUCUCCUCCACAACCUACUGGUUUUGGAAGGGUAGCAGCCGAGCAUCUGGGCAGCAUCGCCUUUGCAGCUCCAAUCGGCCUUUGAACAGGAUUACUUCCCUGGCACUGCAGAGAUCUGAGCCAAGUGUCAAGCCCCAGCUCCACAUGGAAGUAGCAACCAAGCAUCUGGACAAGUCAGCACCAGCCACUCCAUACAAUGCCACCAUUUCAGGCUACCCUGUGUCAGAGAGAGCCAACAGUCAGAUGUUUGUGAUGGAUGUGAUUGCCACCACCCAGUUCAAGGCACAAGCCAAGCUGUUCCUGCAGCAGCGCUUUGAGUCGAAGACCUUCCCCACCUACAAGGAGUUCAGUGCCCGCUUCCCCCUCACAGCCCGCUCCACCUACUACAUGUGGAAGCGUGCCCUGCAUGAUGGGCUGACCCUUGUGGAUGCAUGA